UCUUCAGCUUUCAAAUAGAACUCUGUUUUGAUCUUCUGAAUGAGGAAGCCAGGUCGGCUCCGGUGCCGGUGAAGGAUGACCUUUCUUGAACCUGCACUGCGGCUGCUGGAAGUGAUCGAGCAGGGUAAUUUUGAAGAGGGAGUAUUAAUCGCAAAUAGCUGCGACCUAGAAACAGAUGGUCGCCUUGCUUUGGUUGCCCAGGAUCUUAUUUAUAAAGUUGCUUAUAGCUUUGGAAAUGAAAACAACUCUUGCUUGAAGUUGCUGCUCAUUCGACUCUUCGAUUCGAUUACAAAUGUGCCAGAGAAAUUUCAAAUUUGUUACGAACUGCUGGUCUGGCGUACGUCACCGCUCCUUACUGAUGUGCUUGUAAAUCAACUGGGUCUGCUGAUUACAGAGAAUUUUGUGCUCUGUCAUCCGGAAUUAUGGGAACAAGUUUGUGAAGAUUUACCCAUUAAACUGGAAAGAAGGCUUUGCGAACGGCUCGCCAGUUCGGAAGAAGACUUGUGGUAUGCUAUAGUGGAAUCCGCUCAUGUCCUUGCAUUUUUCGACAAAAUUCCUUUCAGAGUUCCUUACAAAUUUGGGAAGCUUGUCGACGGUGUCCUGAAUGAGAUUGCAUCGGACGAGGCUGCAGCCUAUCCUUUCUUGGUGUGGUACGCUAGAGAACAUCCUUUUUCUCCGAAACUGUUAGGUCAUACAGAACCAACUGUGCUGAUACCGAAUGUUUACGAUCUCCGAUUUCUUCAGUUGCGAUUAGUUGAAGGUGUAUGCGAAUACAUCAAAAGUAACGACUUCAACUGCGUAGGAACAGUUAUCAAGCCUCUAGCUAAUGCGGUGAAGUUUUUGCAUAAACUCUGUUAUGAUUGCCGGGAUGCAUAUGCGAGACACAUCGACAUUUACGCAGAAAUGUUUGCACUUCUUCUACGAUUUAUCGAAGAUUUUGACGUGGAGCCACAUAAAUAUGUUAUCAUCAAAAAGUCUCAGGACAUUAUAUUAUGUUUUCCGUUGGAACUUCGGGUACUGCUGCUCAGAAAUGUUAUAAAAAGGAUUGUCAGUGAGACUCACUUAUACUCGGAAAGCGAGUCGAAAGUCUUGGCAUGGCUGUUGGAUCAAAUGAAUCAGGAUCUUUGCGAGAAAAUAUGUGCGGCCGAGCUGGGCAGCAUAUUUGGUCUUUUGGAACAUGUUACGUACGAUGAUAUUCCAGCAUCCACGCAUUAUUACUCAUCAGUUGUGCGGAUUGUCAAAGCAUACGCUUGCCAGUGCGUCAACUUGCCAAUGUUAGCGCAAACCCGGGAGCGGAUCAUAGUUCGUAUUCGAGAUGAGAUAGUGGAUUACCUGCAAAAACUUUUGAAUGGAGAAACGCGACACCUUACUAUAGAUGGUCUCAAUAAUGAUGUGCAUCCUUCCUGUGGUGCAGAACCUGGCGAGCAGUCAGUUAAUAUGUUAUACAAGAUUGUUGGGGAAUGCGAAGAGACUAUGGCUGAAAUCGACAGUAUCCUUAGCCGGCCCAGCGAAGUGCAUUAGAAGACCCUUGUUUUAGCUUUACUGCUCUUCAGUAACUGAAGAUCAAUUUGCUAACCGAUUAGCCUUUACUCAUUGUUUUUUUUGGAUUAUAUUUUGUGCACAUGAAUUAGGCGUUUUGAUUGUGUGUUAUUAUAGAGGUUGUUUCUUUUACUUUCAUGACCGUUUGUUGCUUCAUGAUUUACCGGUAUCUUUCAAUGGG